GGUUAUGAGCCCAAGCGCACCUUCAGCAUCCUUCCCCGCAUCCUCUUCGACUACCACCUGGACGCCUCCAUCGGCAUGUGCUGCAGGCCCUCUGUCACGUGCUCGGCGUGCCACGCGCCCGUGCACAGCCACUGCGUGGUGAGGCGAAUGAGCUGCAUGGUGUGCACGAGCUGCGCCAGCGAGAUGGACUUCGCCUUCGCGAACCACCAGGCGCAGCGGAGGAUGGCGGUGAGUUCCGCGGGCUUCGGGUGUUUCAUGAGCGCCAGCGGCCAGUACGCGGGGCAGGCCAUUGGCGCGGUGGCCACCGGGGCCGUGGGAGGAGCGGCCAGGCUGAUGACAGGCUGCGCCUCGGGGGCCGUGUCAGCGAUCCGGGGCAUGCGCGCGGUGGAGCUGCCGAGCGCACCUGCGACGCAGCGCCCGCGCGCCCUCGAGCAGUUCGACAUCUCGGACGAGGGCUCGGGCAGCGGCGUGCCGACCGAGAUGGCAGACGUGAUGGCCGAGUUUAGCCGGAUGCGCGCGGAGAUGGAGGCUCUGAGGGAGGAGAACGCCAGGCUCCGAGGAGGGAGCGCAGCGUCAGCCCGAGGCGGGUACGCGACGCCCUCGUCGCCUGAGCGGCUGGAGGAGGAGAUCGCCGAGGCCCAGGACGAGGGUAUCGACACCGUCUACGGCGCGGAUUGGUCUCAGGACUCGGCGCCGCUGCUCAUGCUGGGUUCGCGCCUGCAGGACAUCCAGAAGGUGGUCAUCCUCAGGGCGGCGGUGUUCCUGGAGGCGCUGGGCUACCUGGAAGAGGCUCCGGGGGUCUUGCAGGAGGUGUCCCACAUGGUGGUGGCGGAGUUGGAGUUCAUGGAGUUGGUGGAGGCUUUCAGGGAGGAUUCCCAGGAUCUCAGGGCUUCGGAGGUGUUCCGGGAGGCACUGGAGGUGGACACUUCGGCGGAGGAGGCGGGCCGAGCGGACCAGGUGGACCUGGUGGCGGUGGAUUCGGCCCCCCGCCCGGGCAGCCGGGAGAUGGUUUCGAUGGCGGGCCAGGCGGCCCUGGCAGAUUCGGGCCUCAGGGCCCUGGAGGUGGCGGCUUCGGGCCUGGUGGACCAGGCGGCGGAGGCGGCGGACCACCUCCACCGCCGCGACAGCACCUUGGAGACGGUGCUGAGCAAGUUGAAGUCGAACGAGCUCCCCUCUAUGUCCUGGCCGAAGGGGGGUUCGACGGGGCAGAAGGCAGCUGCCUUUGAGGGGUGGCUGCAGAGGAUCAGCCUCGAGCUCGGCGGCCUGCACCACCUCAUCCAAGAGAACUGGCAGCGCGUGGUCGCCGUCGUCUCCGAGGCGCACCGCUCGUACCUCGCGCACGGGCCGUUGGACAGGCCUGGGAUCAGGCCGUCGCAGCCCGAGGACUGGGUUGCCUCGGAGGCCGAGGCAAUCAACUACCGCAGCUGCGAGCUUCGGUUGCGGAGCAUCUUGCUGAAUCUGAUGCCAGAUGGCGUCAGGUCGCAGCGCCUCUCCACAAAGAUGACGUCGACCUGCGACAUCUUGUUUGGGGCCUUUGUCGAGGCAGGGCCCGGCGCGGCCGCUGACAAGGACUACGUGUUGAACGCGGCUUCGAAGGGCAAGGCCGUCGACCAGGCCCACGCCUACGAAGAGCUACAGAGGUGGAAGCUGAAUGCGACGCGCCUCGCAACGCUUGGCGCUGCUGCGCCAGACCCGUCGGUCCGGCUGACGACUCUCAAGACGAUCGUGGGCCGCAUGAUCGAGAGCGACCAGGAGGUCAAGCACCGCUACUGCGGGUUCCUCGCGGUGCGGGGCUUGAGUGGCGGCGUCUGCGCGCAGGCGCAGGUCGACGAGUUGCGGAGGCACUUGUCAGCAGAGGCCCGGGAGUUCGCGGGCUCGUCCGGCGGCGGCGGCAGGAGCGAGCAGCAGGAGGCAGCUCGCGUGGCAGCUCUGGCCCCCCAGGGUGGCAAGGACCCGAAGGGGAAGGGCAAAGACAAGGGCAAGGAUAAGGACAAAAGUGGCAAGCCGAAGGGCGCCGGCAGGGGGGGCCCGAAAGGCGGUCAUCCACCUCUUGGAGGCGGCGCUGGAGAUGGCCCUGGCUGGGGCUCCGGAGUGAAGGGCGAGCUCAAGUUGCGCCCGCAUUUCGAGGGCGACCGCCGCUGCCGGCACGGCAGCGGAGGAGCUUGCCGAGAUCGGCAUCGAAAGCUCCAACCGCAGGAGGGCAAGCGUUUCAACUGCGGGCCCCCCCAGCACCGCUCGGACGCGCGUGAGCGCCCGAGGCCUCCGGCGAAGACAGUGGCUGCUCCAGGGGCUGCUGCAUCUUUGGCUUCCACGGCGUCGCCGGCCGCUCCAGGGACAGCUCCUUCGAAAUCGGAUGCGGCAUCGAUGGAGCAGGUGGCUGCUCAGGCCGCGCGCGCUGAGGUCAGCGCGCAGCUCCUGACGCUCAUGGGCAUGGGCGCUGGAGUGCCGCAGGCCCCUUCGGGGCAGGCGGCGCCGGUCGACUUCUGGGCCGGCGUCGAGCCGAGCGCGAAAACGAUCCGGGUCUCGGCGAAAAUCGCCGGGGUCAACGGCGAGCGCAUGCUUCUCGCAGACACGGGGGCCACUCAUGAGUUGCGCGGGGUGCGCGACCCCUCAGCAAUCCGCGGCAGCAACGUGAGGCUCCAGACCGCCAGCGGCGAGGUCGACGCGAAGAUGGUGGCGGACGUGGUCUACGUCGAGGGGGAGUCCCUGCAGGGCCUGUUCCCUCUCGCCACUUACAUGGAGCAGCCUGGCCUCAGGAUGAGCUGGGAUGCGGAGCAGUGCGUUGUGAUGCUCGCGGGCGGCCGCGAGGUGCACCUCCACCGCGUGAACAGCGCGCUGUACAUCUCCGAGGGUGACGCGGAGGUGCUGCGGCAGCACGAGGAGGCGGGGCACGUUGUCUUCGACCCUGCCUGCAGCAAGCGCAGGGGCGCCUUCGGGCGCAUGAGACAGCACUUCAGACACGACGCCUCGACGAGGCCAGGCGGCCAAUUGUCGGUGGACCUGUCAGGGCCACAUUUGCCUGGCCGCUGGCCCUCAGGGCGGCCAGAGGACCAGGGCAAAAAGGCAAUCCACUUCCUCCUCGCCGCCUUCAGCGUCACCACCGACGACGAGCUGGCGCUUAAGAGGAGGCGCGAAGAGGGCGCGCGGGCCAGCUCGGAGGCGGCGCCAGGAGCGCAGGGGGCAAGCGUUGGCGAGGAUGCAGAUGCAGCUGCUGCCGUAACGCAGGUUCCCCCCCUCCUCAUGGAGACUGCGCCGACGGCGCAUCCGGCACUCAGGAGGCUGAUGGCGCGCGCCGCCGAGGCGUUCGGUGUCAGCGCGCGGCCGGCAGCUGUAGAGGCGCAGGGAGCGCCUGGCGAGGGCAAGACCGUCGGCCCAGAUGUUCCUGGAGAGUCCUCCGGGGACAUUCUGGCUCCCCCGAUCCUGGUUGAGGGCCCCGGCCAGGAGGCCGAAGCUGAUGAUGGACAUGCGGCGGCGCCCAAGAGUCGCACAUGGUACUACGUCGUGCCUCUCGAGAGCCGCAGGCCCGACGUGUGCAUCGCCGCGUUGAACGCCAUCAUCGCGUCCAUCCGCAGAGAAUUUGAGGGGGCCGACGUGGUUUACAGGAUCCAUGGAGACAGGGCCAGUGAGGUGACUGGUGCGCAGGUCCGGCACUAUUUCGCCGAGCGCCACAUCGCUGUGACUUCGACUCCUGGCUAUGAGCCGAAUGCGAACCCACGGGCUGAGAGAGGCGUGGGACUCAUAAAGCAGUGUGCUCGCGCCAUGCUACUCGCCUUCCCUUCCAUGGCCGAUCGGCAGGCGCUGUGGCCGAGGGCGGUCACCCAUGCGGCGUGGUGCAGCCGAAUGGCCGCCGAUGGGCGCAGGACAGGCUGUCCUGCUUUCGGCGCCCGCGUCACGUCCAGGGUAAAGGACGUCCCCCGCAGCAUGUUCCGGGCGCGGGCGGUGGAGAGCAUCUUCCUGGGCAUCGACGAGGGCGGUGGCGGUUGGCUCGUGGGCCGGGUGGAUCCCGAAGCCACGAUGCCGGAGCGGAGGACGAGAGCAGAAGCAUCUGCGACUCGAAGUGCGGGCUUGCAAGUGCAGAUGUUGCGGUGCCACGACGACGUGAACGCCCAGGUCGCUCCCAUAGGCUCCAGGGGCGGCGACGACGACGACAGCGACGACGAGGAUAGCGUGCCGCCCGAGUUCCGCGACAUCAUCCGCGACUCAGGCACGUCGCCGGUCUCGAUCAGGGUGCUCAACGAGGCCUUCGGCUCGGAGAAGGAGGAGUGGAGGCAGGCCCUCGAGAACGAGCUGAACUCGAUGACGGAGAACGAAGUUUUCUCCCGGCUGACGCCGGCGGAGGUCCGCCAGGCGAGGCCCAGGGACAUCAUGCCCAUGAAGGUGGUGGCAGGUGUCAAGGCUGCCGAGCCCUCCGAUCCGACGGGAUACCGGAGGAAGAAAUGCCGAGGCGUGGUCUGCGGCAUUUUCGAGCAGCACGGGGAGGGAGAGCAGGUGUACACCUCGAACCUCGAGGUUUGCAGCCUCCGCAGCGCCUUGGCGGUAGCAUCCGCUAUGCGCUGGGACAUCGGCGCCAUGGAUGUUUCGACUGCUUUCCUCAACGCCCACCUCCCCAUCGAGCACAAGGAGGUGCUGGUGCGCCCUCCCGCCGUGAUGGUGCAGUAUGGCCUCGUCCGUCCCGGGGAGGUCUGGAGGGCGGCGAAGGCCAUCUACGGCCUGCGCGUCUCGCCCAGGGCGUGGGCUACGAAGCGGGAUUCGGAUAUGAAGGACGUGAUCGUCGAGGACGCGCAGGGCCGUCAGCUCCGGCUCAGGCAGAGCACCGCGGACGGGGCAGUGUGGAGUAUCCUGGACUCCGCGGGCAGCGUUUGCGGGUACGUCCUCACGUACGUGGACGACUUCCUCAUCUUGGGAGUUGUGCGCUACCUCUCCAUUGACAUCGAGGUCAAGAUCGACUCCACCAUCACGCUCUCGCAGCAUUCCUACACGGAGGAGCUGCUGGAGAAGUGGGGGAUGGAGAAGGCGAACGGCGCCGGCUCCAUCAACUUGGAUAAGGAGAGCUUCCACGACUUCGCCGGGGCGGCCAACGUGGACGAGGAGGAGCCAGCGCUGAGCGAUGUCAGGCUCGCGCAACGCAUGGCCGGAGGGCUCCUCCGGCUGGCCUCGCGGACGUGCCCGGACAUCGCCUAUGCGGUGUCGCGCGUCGCGGCUCUCGCCACGAGCCAUCCUGUCCAGAGCUUGUUGUUCGGCAAGAAAGUCUUGCGCUACCUCGCUGGCACGAGGCGCGUGGGUCUGGAGUACCACGUCCCGGAGGAGUUCGGCAUGGACGAGCCACUCCAGCUAGAGACGUACGCCGACGCGAGCUUCGAGGACAUUGGCGCACUGACGGGCGUCUCGGUGCACCUCCUCGGCUGCCUGGUCGAUUGGCGCAGCGUGCGCCAGCAGGUCGUCCCGUUCAGCACCGCGGAGGCGGAGGUGAAUGCAUUUGCCGUUGGCGAGAACAUGAGCGCUGCGGCUGCGACCACGCUCGAGAGCAUGGGGCUCCGAGUGAGGCCGACACUGUACGGAGACAGUGUCGCGGCGAACCACGUGGCAGAGGGACGAGGCUCAUGGCGGACACGUGCAUUGCCCACGAAGGUGAACGCAAUCCGCUCCAGGAUGGCACGCGGGCUACUCGAGUUGCACUUCGUCGGCACCGACGAUCAGCGUGCGGACGGGCUCACAAAGUGCGGCGGUGUCCAGCAUGCCGCGAG